AUCGCUCUCUGUUCUGGGCUUCCCUUGCAGGGGCCUCAUCCAGUCUCUUUGUCUGAUUCUUCCAAUACCUUUUUUUUAGUCAAAGAAAAAGAAAUCAACAUUCAAAUCCCUAUAUGGGCUUCUGGUUUGCGCCUCUCGGUCGUCCCACAGAAAUUCGCGCGAAGGCUGAAUUGAUCGCCUCGUCAGCUUGCGCCACACUCGGUUCAACCAAGGUGAGCGCCCCACGCGACAGCGCCGCCUCCUCCCUCGGGACAUCGUGCAUUCCUUCGUCGACACUCUUCUAUCAGAAACCUGUCUCCCCCUUCGCAUACUGCAUCACGUUUUGUAUUUCUCACUUUAUUUUCAAUCGCUCGUCUUUUCCAAUCCCUCAAUGCUUGGUUCCUAAAUUCACUGACCACAGUUCUACCGCGUCAGCCUCCCAUACUUUUGCCAAAUUUCUUAGGCUGGCGAGAAACAAGCAUUAUCCAUGGCGGCGUUGAUGCAAUCGAAUAAAGAACCUGUCUCCAUCCCUGCCCCACUGUCCGGAUCAUCCGCUCCGAUCAUAUCGACCUCGUCGGAGUCGAUUGCCUUCUUCAAGCAACCCAGACCCGAUUCCAGUCUGACGUCGAUUGCUAGUGCUGGGCUGAACGUUUCGCGCUCGAGAGAACUACUACCGCCAAUGAUGAACGCUAGUCCUGCUACAGGUCCCACGGAUCGGCCGCUGGAACAAGGAAAAGAAUCAGAGCAGCGCAGUUCGCAAGUCGCGAGGGAGGCACUCGGUGCCAGCGAGAAGCAGCAGAAUAGCUCGACACCUGAUGGCAUGCAUCUGUCCUCAGACCAAAUGCAGGUUGAUCCUCAUCCAGCCCCGGCGAACGCAUCUGAUACCUUCGGCCAAACCGAGAACACUACGACCCUGAUGGCUACUUCGACAGUAGCCAGUCCCGGCCCGAUCGAAGAGUCAACCUCACAUGAUGGAGAUCACUCUCGUCGUCGAGAUGAAGUUUCCCAAGAACCAGGCAAUAAGGCGUUCUCUUACCCUAUGCCGACGGCCAGUUUAAGCGACCCUCGCCGUGGCCUGAGCCUCCCGAACUCCGGCUUUCAGAAGGGCCAGCGAUCACCAUCGGCAAAGAAGCACCGGUGUCCUUACUGCUCUACAGAAUUCACGCGGCAUCAUAAUCUUAAAAGUCACCUUCUCACACAUAGUCAGGAAAAACCAUAUGUAUGCCAGACUUGCCAGUCACGCUUUCGCCGGCUGCACGACUUGAAGAGACACACCAAACUACAUACUGGUGAACGGCCACACAUUUGUCCCAAAUGUGGACGCAGGUUUGCUCGCGGAGACGCUUUAGCUCGCCACAAUAAAGGUCAAGGGGGGUGUGCUGGCCGUCGUGCUAGUAUGGGAAGCUAUGCGGCGGAAGAUGAAUACGGUGACACUGCAGCUGCAGGUGCGGCGGAGGAUGCCAUGGACGGGCUUGUUUAUGCUGAACCGGAGCGUAUGAACGAAGAAGAUGAACGGCGACUCAAUAUGCCUAGUAUCAAAAAGCACGAGCUAUCGGCGGACUCGACUUCUCGGGCCAAUACCGCUCCAAGUUAUCAGUCACGACAACCGAGCACUUACCCCCCUGUUGUGUCUGGCAGACCUUCCCCUGGUGGUCUUCUUCCGCCGCCCAGUCACGGUGGCUCUAGCGCGUCGACCUCCCCAAUUUCACAAUCAGGCAACAUGCCAUUUCCCCCCUCCGGUCAGCCGUCGAACUCAUCUGUAUUCCCAACCAAUGUUACUGAAAGCCCAAAGCCACUUUCACCCAAUGCUUUAUCCUCCUGCCAAGUCGGUCAUAAUCCAGAGAAUCAUGCUCCACAACAUCGGGCUCAUUCCCCUGGACUAUCGCAAACUCUCCACCAACAAAGCCAACAACCGUACAGCAGGGCUGGCCCCUCAGCGACUCCAGGCUUGGGCUUUCCCCCUUCUCAAUCAUCAGCCCCCCAGCUGCCUCCACCCCCUGGGUUGAACUCUUCCGAUACUCGAUUUGCGCUUCACUCGCAGGGAGCUGUCCCCGCGCCUGCCCCGGCUGGCCCGAAACAUACCACGUCUCUCAACCAUUCUGGCAAUCAAAGCGGGCCCUUGUCCUGCAAAUCAGGGUCAGAAGCAGCGUUGAAUAAUGGCAGUCAGCUCUCCAGCUCUCAUGAAGCCAGCUAUCUUGAUCAGAGUCGUGAAGGAGAAGGAAAGCUCUGGGCAUACAUACGAUCUAUUCAUGACGAGUUAAACGGGUUGAAAUCAGAGGUCGCUUCGCUCAGGGUACAAUUGGCGUCGGCCAAUGUUAAUGCAUUAGCAACCUCUAGCAUGCCGCCAACCCAGCCAGAGUCUGGUAGUGCCGCUGCUGGGCCACGUUGAACGAUUUUCUGCACAGCUUCAGUUUGUGUUUCUUCGGUCCCUCCACCUGUCCGAUCCCCUACCCGCGGACCGUAUCUGUUCUGUCUAGCGCCUAGAUCACCGCCGGACCAUUAUUC